UCUAAUAAAUUCAACAAAGAUAAACUUGAAUAUUUAUAUCUCUGUAAACUGGAGAUAUCAUCAAUGCUAUGUCCCAUUGCAAGUCAUUGGACGUAUGUACAACCGUUAACUCUAGUGCGAUGCUUGAAAGUUUUUAUCAUUAAUAAUUUCUCAGAACAUAAGAAAACUCUUGUCCAGGAAAAUAUAAUUGCUACAUAAAGACUUCCUCAUUGAUAAGAAAUGGAGUUUUGACUGGAGUUUUGACACAACACAAAAUGUCGCACUAUAACAUUCUAGCAGAGUUUGAAAAAUCAUCAGACAGAACAGAAACUAGAGGAUAUUUUCGAGGAAUCUGGUCCAAUGAUACACCUGAAGAAGGUGACGAAGAAAUUCAAAAUGAGUUUAUAAAUGUUCAAGAAGAAAAUUUGCAGAGAAGCAGUAUCACUUUCCCAAACGAAGUGCACGAACAAAACGAGCUUGAUCCGAUGAGGAUGACCCUCUCAAAUGACAUUGUCGGAGACUUUGAAGAUAACUUCAAGUCAAUAAUUCCAAAAAGCUUGGAUGCACAAUCAGGCCUCAUUUGGUCUGGAAAUGUACAAAAAUCUAGUUUGACUUCCAAAAACGAAAUCAGUAAUGAAUCAUUGAUAAAGACUCACUCAGAUGAUUUUGAUUUCAAAAACGUUGAAAAUAAAGACAAAAAGGAAAUGGAAAAAAGAACAGCAAAUAAUGUUACGAAAAAGGAAGAGGAUAAAAAGGCAUUUAUUCACUCUAAAAAUCUAAGUAAACAGGCUUUUUCAGAAACGGAACUCCAUCUACAUGAUUUUGAAACUGAUGCUACUGAUUAUUUUGACAGUGAAGACGAAUAUUUUGAAACAUACAGAAACAACUUUGAGGACAGUCCGAUGUUUACUUAUCAUGGAAUGAUUCAUUCUCCUUUGUCAACAUCAGCAGUAAAUGGAAGAUACAGUGAAGGCGUAUCACGGUACAAUAACAUGCCAGUGUUUGUGACAUCCUUACAGAGGUUUGCAAAAGCCAAUGGAUUCACAGUUCAUAACGUUAUGGCAGAUGGAAAUUGUCUCUUCAGAGCUAUCAAUGAUCAGCUUUCUGUGAACGGAAUCUUUGGCAACUCCCCCGAAUCAUUACGGAAAAACACUAUCAAUUAUCUUCGGGAAAAUCCUUACCAAGAGGAUGGGUCACAUACUGAGUCUUUCCUUUUCACUGAAAACUGGGAACAAUACUUGUCGAGAAUGGAACAAAGUACAGAAUGGUGCGAUCACGUCAUAUUUAAGGCUGCCGUUGACGCCUUGGGUCUACGAGUUGUGGUUUUUAAUGUUUAUGGGGACGAUAUUAGACGAACAGAGGUUUUAUCCAGAAAACAAUCCGUUGACAUCAUAACCAUUUAUCUCGGUCACUUUGGAGAAUUUCACUACCUUAGUUUAAGACCCAAUAAUUGGGAGUCGGAAUGGCAAAACAAAGCUCUAAUGUUUAGACACCAAUUACCCAUUAGACAAUUUGAGAGUAUGAAAAUUCAAAGUGAUGAGAAAAAAGGCGUAGAAAACUGUCUCAAAAUAACAUCAAAAUCUGACUUCGACACAGAAAUACAAACUGACUGGAAAAGCUCAGAAAAGUUUGGAUUCAUAGUGUGUCCAGUUUAUGGUUUGAAAGAUCUAGAUAUGGAAGAAAAUCAGGAAUCGAUGCAUCGUCUUAUAGAGGAUCCAUUUUACAUUGAUACACGAACAGGACUUCCACUUCAACAUUUAUCGUAUCUCAUGAAUCAUUUGAUUCCUCCUAGGAUGACUCUCGUUAAUUCUCAUGCACUUCCACCAGUAGAAAAGAAUGGGACGAUGUUUCAGUAUUUAGGAUCAUUUGCUACAGGGACCUAUGCAUUCUUACAGGAUAUUCCUCUAGGCUACACGUCAAGAAAUCAUAUUAAGAAACAUGCCACAGUCGUUGCUUUAAGACCGCUUACGUCUGCAAUUCUAAUCGACACAAAAGACAUUCAUCCAGGUUUCCUACGGUUAAAAGUUUUAUCAAUGUCGCAUCUAUUCCCAGAAAAAAGUUUACAUAGAUGUGAGAAUGAUGUUUUCCUAAAAAGAUUAGAUGUCCCUGAUAAUAUGUCUUUACCCAAGAUGUCAGAAAGAUGUUAUAUUGGAUUUUGUAGUGGUGAGUUUCCACUAGCUGCAGAUGAGUGGCGAAAUAGACAAAGAAAAUGGCCACCACACGAAGUAGUGACUGCUGUCUAUAAUGCCGGAUGUACCUUAAUUCCAAAACAUCACCCAAAGAGUUGUAAUCCAGAAAUCGAGUGGAAAUUUAACUUCACAAACUCUGAAGUGUUACUGUUUUCAAAAGCUGUUACAGGCAAGCAACGUCGCGGAUUUUUUCUUCUGCACAUGCUUUUCGAUAACAAUACAUGUCACUUUCGACGCAAAUUAAAAAUGAAACACACUAAGGCAGUUUUUUUUAACUGCUGUGAACAGAUUCCUGUUGAAAAAUGGGAAACAAACUUAAGUGGGUGCAUUCUUUAUGCUACAGCAUUUCUAUUAGCUUGUCUUAGAGAAAGGAAUCUGCCACAUUAUUUCAUCCCAUCGUUCAAUUUAUUUGAGAACUACAAGGAGGAAGAUCUUGAAAUCAUGUGUAUUCAAAUUGAGGCUAUCCGGUUGUUUCCGGUUCAAACUUUACAAUUUCUCACAGAAAGUUAUGGAUACUCAUACGGAGCAAACCUGUCAAGAUUGGUUUUACAGGACUGUAAAAGAUUUGCAUCAAGUAGAGACAUAUUGUCAACUUAUCAUGAUGUUUUCAUUCCUGGGACAAUUAAAACAGUCAAAUUUUUAACAAGACAAGGUUAUUAUAAAGCAGCUUAUUUUCUUCUCCUUAAUACUUAUGUGUCACGUCUUUGCUUUACCUUAACAGACACUAGCGAUUUUAAUUGUAAUUUCACAGAAUUUUUCUGUCGUGCUCUCCAUGAAAUUCGCCAGGAAGCCUCUCGGACCAUUUUGGCAAAAAAGUUUGAAAACGAACAUGGUGUAAAAAUACUGGAUUCCGUAAUGAAAGCAGGUGGUCUUUUCGUAGAGGAUAUUGUACCAUGGGGGGUAAAUUACGAGAUUGCUAAGCUUCAUAUACCAAUGGAAAAAAUGUCAAAUUUCGAAUCAAUUGGAGAUUUUUUUUACGAAUAUAGUAAAACUGAAGUAAAGAGAUUUAACAGUGAUCUAGCUACGAUAGGAAUUUCGGAAGCAAUUCGCUGUUUCGAAAGAGCUAUUCAAGAGGGGCCAAUGAUUGAUGUUGAAAUAGAUGACGAAGCUUUGAUAAAAGAAAUCCAGUCUCAAAGGUCUGAAAUUAUGAAAAAACUAAAAGAAAAAUUGAUGAAUUGCUACAUCCAUACUAUGAAAAUUUCCCAAAUGCACCGGACUUACCUGCCACUGGAAAUAUAUAUGCCUGCAAUAGAAGAAUUAUGCCAAGAAAUGCCAGAUAUAAGUGGAGUUGUCAGUAUUAUGUACCAAUAUUUGAAUAAUCCUAGUAAACAGAAGGAAUAUCAAACGCGUUUUGAUAGUAUCUUAGGGACAGGUGAAGUGUACAAAGGACCAUCAACAUUGAAAACUAAUAGAUUUUAAACUGUAAAAAAGAUAGAUGUAUACCUUUAUGACGUGUUACCAGAAGUUCAUGACUAUAAACACACUGUAGUAUAAGUAAUGGAAGUAAUUAUACAAUAGGAAAAGACAUUUGUUUUCAAUUACCAUAGUAUCCUCAAACCCUUCAUUUCAAAGAUUCAUAUAAAAGUUACUGAAUACAAUAGUAAUUUGUUCAAUUUAAUGUAGUUGUGUUCUCAUUAAAUUUAAUUAUGAUGAUUUUUAAAAAAUGUAAAUUUAAAAAAUAACCAAGAUACAA